GCCCAGUUCGAUUACACUCUCUCCUAUAUAUAUAGACACAUACAUACAUGAUCUUCUGUAUCUACACUUCCCUGUAACUCUCUCUCCCUCAUUUCCAGCUCUUUCUCUCUCUACAAGUGCUCUUUUCUCUUUCUUACCAGUGUUGCAGCUGCAGGGACUUGGGUACAAACUGCAGAAAGAACACAAUAUCCUUUCACUCAGUGACAGUUGCAUAACGAAUUUUGCUUCUUCCUUCAGCCCUUCUGCUCUAUAUUUCAAUCUCAAGUAGCAAUACUCGUGCAGAUUGAACAGUUCGUUCGAGAGUUUUGGUUCAGUUUUCUUGGGUAAUUAAGCAGAGAAAAUGAUAAGCUGGCACGAUCUUUACGUUGUGCUAACUGCGGUGAUUCCCCUCUAUGUGGCCAUGAUACUGGCCUACGGCUCUGUGCGGUGGUGGAAAAUAUUCACACCGGAUCAGUGCUCCGGGAUCAACCGAUUCGUCGCUAUUUUCGCGGUCCCACUUCUAUCUUUCCAUUUCAUCUCCAAGAAUGAUAUCUAUACGAUGAACUUCCGGUUUAUCGCCGCCGAUACACUGCAAAAGAUUAUCAUGCUUGUGGUUCUUGGAUUGUGGGCUAAUUUCACCAAGAAUGGCAGCCUGGAGUGGUCUAUUACCAUUUUCUCGCUUUCGACUCUGCCCAAUACUCUUGUGAUGGGCAUUCCUUUGCUAAUUGCCAUGUACGGCGAGUACUCCGGCAGCCUCAUGGUUCAGAUUGUGGUGCUGCAGUGCAUCAUUUGGUACACUCUUUUGCUGUUCCUGUUCGAGUACCGUGGGGCGAAGAUGCUGAUUAUGGAGCAGUUUCCUGAAACAGCAGCUUCAAUUGUGUCGUUUAAGGUCGAAUCCGACGUUGUUUCGUUAGACGGGCAAGAUUUUCUUGAAACGGAUGCUGAACUUGGCAAUGAUGGGAAGCUUCAUGUUACUGUGAGGAAAUCGAAUGCCUCGAGGCGUUCAUUAGGCCCAGGAUCUUUCUCCGGCAUAACUCCUCGCCCCUCUAAUUUAACGGGAGCAGAAAUUUACAGCUUGAGUUCUUCAAGAAACCCGACUCCAAGAGCGUCUAAUUUCAACCACUCAGAUUUUUACGCGAUGAUGGGGUUCCCUGGAAGAUUGUCAAAUUUCGGGAAUUCUGAUACGGGUAGAUUGUCGAAUUUCAACAUAGCUGAUAUGUAUUCGGUGCAGUCAUCAAGAGGGCCAACUCCAAGGCCAUCGAAUUUCGAAGAGAACUGUGCGCCGGGAGGGCUGAUGAACUCUCCCAGAUUCGGUUACUAUCCACCGCAGCCUGUGCCCACUUCUUACCCUGCUCCAAAUCCUGAAAUUGCUUCGACUUUGCCGAGAAAUGCAAAAGCCCAUCAGCCGCAGCAACAGGAUGGUAAGCCUAAUCAUGACGCGAAGGAGCUUCACAUGUUCGUGUGGAGUUCGAGCGCUUCGCCGGUUUCUGAAGUCGGUGGAGGCGGCCUACACGUGUUUGGUGGCCCGGAUUUCGGAGCUUCCGAGCAAUCCGGGAGGUCUGAUCAGGGUGCUAAGGAAAUUAGGUUGUUGGUUACUGAUCACCCUCAAAAUGGGGAGAGCAAAGCUGUUCCGCGAACCGGGGACUUUGUUGGGGAAGACUUCAGCUUUAGCGGUGGAGGGAGAGAUCAUGCAGAUCAGGAAAAAGAGAAAGAGGGUCCAACUGGGCUGUCCAAACUCGGGUCCAGCUCCACCGCCGAGCUCAACCCCAAGGCUGCCGUAGGUAAUAUUGAUGCCGGAGCCGCCAAACAUAUGCCACCCGCCAGCGUCAUGACACGCCUAAUCUUGAUCAUGGUUUGGCGAAAACUUAUCCGAAACCCCAACACUUACUCCAGCCUUAUCGGCCUCAUUUGGUCUUUAGUCUCAUAUAGGUGGGAUGUUCAUAUGCCGAAAAUCAUAGAGCAAUCCAUCGCUAUUCUUUCUGAUGCUGGCCUUGGAAUGGCAAUGUUCAGUUUAGGUCUGUUUAUGGCCCUUCAACCAAAGAUAAUCGCUUGUGGGAACACGGUGGCUUCCUUCGCCAUGGCUGUGAGGUUUCUCACUGGCCCGGCCGUCAUGGCUGCAGCAUCCAUUGCCGUUGGUCUCCGCGGUACCCUCCUCCACGUCGCAAUUGUGCAGGCCGCACUUCCACAAGGGAUUGUUCCAUUUGUGUUUGCCAAAGAGUACAAUGUUCAUCCAGCAAUUCUCAGCACUGCAGUCAUUUUUGGAAUGCUGAUCGCGCUACCAAUAACUCUCGUCUAUUACAUUCUUCUCGGAUUGUAAGAUUUCGGGAGCAGCCUAUAAAUCGAAGGGAAAGAAUUCAAGAAUCCCAUUAGAGCUACUUCAACAAGAACUUGGAACCCCUAGAUCAUACUAUUUGACUUAGAUUAGGCCCUGAUACGACGAUCCACCGUGCCCGUGAUUGGAGACACGUAACUUCAAUGGCGGAAAAUAGUUUCCAGCAGGGGUGUGGAGAAGGGGACAAGACACCGUGGAAAACACGGAUGCAAGAAUUAUUUAGAUCCAAGUCAAAAAAUUUGUCCACAAUCAUAGGCAUAGGGCAAUGUAAACAAAUGAAAUGGGGUUUAAUCUUUUCUUUUUCUGGAAGUAGUUGUCUUGAUGGGGAGAAAAGCAUAGUUCCCUCUGCCUCUGGUUGAGUAUUAGUUAAAUUGUAUUUGUUUUGUGUGUGUCGUUAGUGUAAAUUACUUUAGGAUGAUCAAUGAUAAGAAAGUAUUUUGUCGUGAA